AUGAGCCCUAAGGAAGUUAAUAUAGAAGAACGAAUAUGUAGAACAGACUUCAUGAAACAAAGCCUUGCCGGGGGUUACGCUGCUGCGCAAGAGCAUGAGUUUGCGCAUAACUGGGGCCCCAGCCCGCUGCAGGCAGCCCUUUUAACCGCGAGCGACACGCCAGCAGACCAGGCCUUUGCCGGGCUUGCUGAAUUUCGACAGAGGAAAGCUCAAUCUGAUGGGCAGAAUCCUUCCAAAAAGCAGAAGAAAAAGAAGAAAACCUUGAGUAGUAAACCAGCUGUGUCAGCCUGUCCUGCCAUGAAUAUCGAUCCAUCACAAAUUGAUGAGGUGUUCAGGAAAAAUUCUCAGACAGUCGGAUCAGCCAGGACUGCUGAGUCCACAGGAAUGAGAACGUCACACAGUGAGGUUAUCAAGCACGACCAGGUCUUCUCUGUUGAAGCUGAAAGUGAAAUUUCAACAACAGCAGAGGAUUAUAGUUCAGAGGUAAAUGGUUGCAGUUUUCUGGUGAAAACAGAAAAACCUACAAAUUUGUUAAGGGAAGAAGAAUUUGGUGCUGAUGAUUCCUAUUCUGAACAUGGAGCACAAUAUAGUCAAACUCACCUUGAGAUGAUGGAAAAUGAGUUGCCUGGAAAACAGCAUGAUAUUGAAGAGCUCAACAGAGAGCUGGAAGAAAUGAGGGCUACCUACGGGACUGAAGGACUGCAGCAGUUACAGGAAUUCGAAGCUGCUAUUAAACAAAGAGAUGGCAUCAUAACUCAGCUCACAGCUAAUCUGCAACAAGCAAGAAGAGAGAAGGAUGAGACAAUGAGAGAAUUUUUGGAGUUGACAGAACAAAGUCAGAAAUUACAGAUUCAAUUUCAGCACCUACAAGCCAGUGAAACUUUGAGAAACAGCACUCACAGUAACACAGCUGCAGAUUUACUUCAAGCAAAGCUGCAGAUCCUCACUCACCAGCAACAGCUGGAGAAACAAGACCACCUACUAGAAGAUUAUCAGAAAAAGAAAGAAGACUUCACAAUGCAAAUUAGUUUCUUACAAGAGAAAAUCAGAGCAUAUGAAAUGGAACAAAAGAAAAAAGUGGAAAAUUCAAAUGAAAAAGAAAUGCAGGAAAAGGAAGCAAUCAUUGAAGAAUUAAAUAAAAAAAUAGUAGAAGAAGAGCAAAAAACAUUUGAGCUGGAGGGUAAAGUGAUGGCUGCUGACAAAUUGCUAGAAGAAUUACAGCAACAGGUUGUACAAAAGAACCAGGAGAUACAAAACAUGAAAUUAGAACUGACUAAUUCUAAACAAAAACAAAGACAGUGUUCUGAGGAAGUAAAACAGUUAAUGGGAACAGUUGAAGAACUCCAAAAGAAAAAUCAUAAAGAUAGCCAAUUAGAAUAUGAUAUUGUGCAAAGAAUGGAACAAGAAUCACAGAGAAAGUUGGAACAGCUCCGAGCAGAGCUAGAUGAAAUGUAUGGACAGCAGAUUGUACAAAUGAAACAAGAGUUAAUAAAACAACAUUUGUCUCAGAUGGAGGAACUGAAAACACAACAUAAGGGAGAAAUGGAAAACGCAUUACGAUCAUAUCCAAAUAUUACAGUCAGUGAAGAUCAAAUAAAAGUAAUGAAUAUGGCAAUAAAUGAACUGAAUAUAAAAUUGCAAGACAGUAACUCCCAAAAGGAAAAGCUCAAGGAAGAACUAGGAGUGAUUUCAGGAGAAAAGUCUGCUUUACAGAGACAACUGGAAGAUCUUUUGGAAGAAUUAAGUUUUUCGAGGGACCAGAUUCAAAGAGCAAGGCAGACAAUAGCUGAACAAGAAAGUAAGCUCAAUGAAGCAUAUAAAUCUCUUAGUACAGUAGAAGAUUUGAAAGCUGAGAUUGUUUCUGCAUCUGAAUCCAGAAAGGAACUAGAAUUAAAGCAUGAAGCAGAAGUCACAAAUUACAAGAUAAAACUUGAAAUGUUAGAAAAAGAGAAGAAUGCUGUGUUAGACAGAAUGGCUGAAUCCCAGGAAGCUGAAUUAGAGAGGCUUAGGACACAGCUUUUGUUCAGUCAUGAAGAAGAACUUUCAAAACUGAAGGAAGAUUUAGAACUUGAACAUCGAAUAAAUAUUGAAAAACUUAAAGAUAACUUAGGCAUUCACUAUAAACAGCAAAUAGAUGGUAUACAGAAUGAAAUGAGUCAGAAGAUAGAAACUAUGCAGUUUGAAAAAGACAAUUUGAUAACUAAGCAGAAUCAAUUAAUUUUGGAAAUUUCUAAGCUAAAAGAUUUACAGCAAUCCCUUAUGAAUUCGCAGUCUGAAGAGAUGACUCUUAGGAUCAAUGAACUUCAAAAAGAAGUUGAAAUACUUAGACAAGAGGAAAAGGAAAAGGGUACCCUUGAACAAGAAGUUCAAGAAUUACAACUUAAAACUGAGUUAUUGCAGAAACAAAUGAAAGAAAAGGAAGAUAACCUUCAAGAAAAAUUUCUACAACUUGAAGCUGAAAAUAGCAUUCUUAAAGAUGAAAAGAAAGCUCUGGAAGACAGGUUAAAAACAUAUACACCUCUUAACCAAGAAGAGAAAUUAAUUUUCAUGGACUCCAGUAAUUCCAAAUCCAAAGAUAGUACUGGACAGAAAGAAAUAGAUAUGCUUACAGAGGAAAAUGAGAACCUCAAAAGACAGUGUAUUCAGUUGAAUGAAGAAAUCGAAAAACAAAGGAACACUUUUUCGUUUGCUGAAAAAAACUUUGAAGUUAACUAUCAAGAGUUACAGGAGGAGUAUGCUUGCUUGCUCAAGAUAAAAACGGAUUUAGAAGACAGUAAACUUAAACAAGAAGUGGAGUAUCAAAGUAAACUUAAAGCACUUAAUGAAGAGCUUCAUCAUUUGCAGAGACUAAAUCCAACCGUAAUAAAAAUAAAAGGUUCAACUCUUGAUGAAGAUAAAGCUUUUUUAGCAGAAACACUGGAAAUUGGAGAGGUGGUUGAGAAAGAUACCACAGAACUUAUGGAAAAACUUGAAGUAACCAAGCGAGAAAAGUUAGAACUAUCUGAAAGAUUAUCUGAUCUUUCUGAACAAUUAAAACAGAAACAUGGAGAGGUUAGCAUUCUAAGUGAAAAAGUUCAAUCUUUAAAGCAUGAGAAAGAUCAAGUUUUACUGAGAUGUAGAGAACUAGAGAUCCUAAUUAAUCAUAAUAGGACAGAAAAUGUAAAUGUGUUUGAUGUUCAGUCAAGUUCUUUUAAAGAUGGAGUGGUGGCUAUGACAGGGAGAAAUUCUGGAGUUCCACUUUCUAAAAUAAAUGAACAUUUUGGUGAUAAGUCAGAAAUAAUGGAGGAAGAUAAAAUUUCUUUUGAAAAUAUGACUGAAAAAGAAAGCCAGCCAGAACAGUUAUUUUUGGAUAACUUACCAUUGAUGACAGAUGAAUCAACGUUUGAAACAACUGAACCUAAUGAAAAGAAAAAACUUCAGCAGGAACUCAGUUUGCUUAAAUCAGAACAGGAUGAACUAAGGCUCCAGAUGGAAGCCCAACGUAUAUGCCUGUCUCUGGUUUAUUCAACUCACGUGGAUCAGGUUCGUGAAUAUAUGGAAAAUGAAAAGGAUAAAGCUCUUUGCAAUCUUAAAGAAGAACUUAUUUCUGCCCAAGAGGAAGUGGUUGAGGAACUUAAAAAAGCACACCAGUUAGAGCUGCAGAAUGCGAAAACACAAGGAACAGAUGUCAUUCAUAAAAACACAUCAUCUCUGCAUGAUAAUACAAAAGUGAAACAGCUUGAAGAGCGAGUACAAGAGUUAGAAGGCCUCACAGCAUCUUUGCAGCAGCAGUUGAAAGAAGCUGAAGAAGACCACGAAGCAGAGAUUAAUUCUCUGCAGAAGAGACUUCAGUCGAGCUUGUCUGUUGCUUCAAUGAUGAUUACUGAAUCAGAUGUACGGAAAACCACUUAUCCUGGACAUUGUCUUCAACAGAAUGUUGGCAGUGCCGUAGAGUUAUCUGGUGAAUUUGGAGUAAAACAAGAAACAAAUUAUCAACUACUGGAAAAACAAUACCAAGAGAGAUUAGAAGAAGAAGUUGCUAAGGUCAUUGUGUCAAUGAGUGUUGCAUUUGCUCAACAAACUGAGCUGUCUAGAAUAUCUGGAGGAAAAGAAGAUACCACAUCACCAAACCAGCCACAUGUUCUCUGUCAGCAAGAGCAACAUUUUUCAAAGGAGAUAAAUUUAUCACAAGAUCAAGUUGAUUGUCAGUCUUUUGAAACAGCAGACAUGAAAUUUAAAGAGGAAUUUAAACCUCUUAGUAAAGAGUUAGAAGACAGAAAGCAAGUUUCAGUAUCAAAUUGUGAUAAUCGUGAUGAAAUCCUAGAAUCACAGGACCGUGAACCGACUAUUUCAGAAGAAAUGUUCUCCAGAGAUAAAGCAUUUCUGUUCAGAGAAUCAAUCCAUGAUGAAAUUUUGGUAUCAAGCAUAGAUGCUUCUAGACAGCUAAUGUUAAAUGAAGAGCAACUGGAAGAUAUGAGGCAGGAACUUGUAAGGCAAUAUGAAGAACACCAACAGGCAACAGAACUUCUGAGGCAGGCACACAUGCACCAGAUGGAGCGACAACGAGAAGACCAGGAACAACUACAAGAAGAGAUAAGGAGACUUAAUAGGCAAUUAGCCCAGAGAUCCUCAGUAGAUAAUGAAAACCUGGUUUCAGAAAGAGAGAGGGUGCUUUUAGAGGAGCUGGAAACACUAAAGCAGCUAUCUUUAGCUGGAAGAGAGAAGCUGUGUUGUGAGCUGCGCAACAGCAGUACGCAAACACAGAAUGGAAAUGAAAAUCAAGGGGAAGUUGAGGAACAGACCUUUAAGGAAAAGGAAUUGGAAAGAAAACUGGAAGAUGUACCUCCUGAUAUUCUAUCCAAUGAAAGGUAUGCACUACAGAAAGCUAAUAACAGACUUCUGAAGAUCCUCUUAGAAGUUGUAAAAACAACAGCAGCUGUUGAAGAAACAAUUGGUCGUCAUGUCCUUGGGAUUCUCGAUAGAUCUAGUAAAGGACAGUCAUCCACCAGCCUGAUUUGGAGGUCUGAGGCAGAGACACCAAUAAAGUCAUGUGUCCAUGAGGAACACACAGGAGUUACAGAUGAAUCCAUAUCCUCUUACUCUGGAGGUGAUAUGCAAAGAAAUGACAGUAGCAUGUGGUCAAAAGUAACUGAGGAAGGAACAGAGUUGUCACAGCGACUCAUGCGGACUGGCUUGACUGGAACGGAAAUCGAUCCUGAAAAUGAAGAAUUUAUGCUGAAUAUUAGUUCUCGGCUACAAGCAGCAGUUGAAAAGCUUCUAGAAGCCAUAAGUGAAACUAGUAGUCAGCUGGAGCAUGCAAAAGUUACGCAGACAGAGUUGAUGCGGGAGUCAUUUAGACAAAAACAAGAAGCAACUGAGUCCCUCAAGUGCCAAGAAGAACUGCGAGAGCGCCUUCAUGAGGAGGCCAGGGCCAGGGAGCAGCUGGCUGUGGAGCUCAGUAAAGCUGAGGGUGUCAUUGAUGGCUAUGCAGACGAAAGAAAUAUUUUUGAAAGACAAAUUCAAGAAAAGUCUGACAUAAUAGAUCGCCUUGAGCAGGAGUUGUUAUGUGCAGGUAAUAGGUUACAAGAAUUGGAAGCAGAGCGACAGCAGAUUCAAGAAGAAAGAGAAUUACUGUCCAGGCAGAAAGAGGCUAUGAAAGCAGAGGCAGGCCCAGUUGAACAACAAUUACUACAGGAGACAGAGAAGUUAAUGAAGGAAAAGUUGGAAGUGCAAUGUCAAGCUGAAAAAGUACGUGAUGACCUUCAAAAGCAAGUGAAGGCUCUUGAAAUAGAUGUUGAGGAACAAGUCAGUAGAUUUAUUGAGCUGGAACAGGAAAAAUCUGCUGAGUUAAUGGACUUGAGGCAGCAAAACCAAGCCCUGGAAAAGCAGUUAGAAAAAAUGAGAAAAUUUUUAGAUGAGCAAGCCAUUGAUCGAGAACAUGAGAGAGAUGUAUUUCAACAGGAAAUACAGAAGCUGGAACAGCAGCUUAAAGUUGUACCUCGAUUCCAGCCUAUCAGUGAACACCAAACUAGAGAGGUUGAACAAUUAGCAAAUCAUCUGAAGGAGAAAACAGACAAGUGCAGUGAGCUUCUGUUAUCCAAAGAGCAGCUUCAGAGGGAUAUCCAAGAACGAAACGAAGAGAUUGAGAAACUAGAGUGCCGAGUAAGGGAGUUGGAGCAGGCCUUACUCAUGAGUGCAGACAGUCUUCAAAAGGUAGAGGAUCGAAAACAGUUUGGGGCAGUAGAAGCUAAAGCAGAAUUGUCCCUUGAAGUACAACUACAAGCUGAGCGAGACGCCAUAGACAGGAAGGAAAAAGAGAUCACAAACUUAGAAGAACAAUUAGAGCAAUUUAGAGAAGAGCUGGAAAAUAAGAAUGAAGAAGUUCAGCAACUGCAUAUGCAAUUAGAAAUACAGAAAAAGGAAUCUACUACUCGACUACAAGAGCUUCAGCAAGAAAACAAAUUAUUUAAGGAUGAGAUGGAGAAACUAGGAUUUGCCAUAAUGAAAUUUGAUGUGACAUCUACUCAAGACCAACAUCAUCUCCUUGGGAAAUUUUCCCAGAUGAUACAGGAAAAAGUGAUAGAAAUUGAACAGUUAAAUGAACAAAUUACAAAACUUCAGCAGCAACUUCAAAUUACAACAGAUAACAAGGUUAUUGAAGAAAAAAAUGAGCUGAUAAGAAAUCUUGAAACCCAAAUAGAAUGUUUGCUAAGUGACCAAGAAAGAGUGAAAAAAAAUAAGGAUGAAGAAAUAGAACAACUCAAUGACGUGAUUGAAAAACUUCAACAGGAAUUGGCAAAUAUUGAACAGAAGACCUCAGAAGAUACUAAUGCCUUCCCAGACGAAACAGAUCGUUUAAAACAUCAGUUAGAAAUAGUAACAGCUGAAAAGCUAGCUUUAGAAAAGCAAGUGGAAGCCACUACAGAAGAAAUGACAUUCACAAAAAAUGUACUUGAAGAAACCAAUUUGAAAGUGAAUCAGCUAACACGUGAGUUAUGUACCUUAAAGAGAGAACAUGAAAGCAUGAGAGAGAUCCAGAGUAUACCAGAGAAAAGUAUUAACAUGGUCGUAGAUGUUCCAAGCACAGACAAAACUGAAGUAGGCAUAGAGCUGGCUAAGGAUACUAUUGCACUCGUAGAUAAGCAGCCUCACCAAUCUUUUGAAGAAGAUAGCCAAGUUUCAGUAAAUAGUUUGGAAGCGAAGUUGCUGCAACUUGAGAGCUCUGUCAGUGCAAAAGACUUAGAACUUACUCAGUGCUAUAAUCAAAUAAAAGACUUAAAAAAACAAAGCCAGUCUGAAACAGAAAUGCUUAAAAUAAAGAUUGUAAAUCUCCAGAAAAUGGUUGAAGAAAAGGUUGCUGCUGCCCUGGUGAGUCAGGUCCAACUCCAGGCAGUUCAGGAAUAUGCUCAAUUUUAUGAAGAUAGAUCAGCAGUUUCAUCAAAACCUGAAAGGACAAAUACAGAGAAUUUAAAUGAACUAACAAAGAAAGAGAUGGAGUCAAAUAUAUCUGCAUUAACCUUAAGAAUAUCAGAAUUAGAAAGUCAGGUAAUUGAAAUGAAUACUUGUUUGACUUUGGAAAAAGAGCAAGUACAUACUGCAGAGAAAAAUGCUUUGGAAAAAGAAAAGAAGCUGCUGGAACUACAGAAGCUGUUGAAGGACAAUGAAAAAACUCCUGGAGGAGGUGAAAGGCAAAGAAGCCUUCAUACAAACUCUGAAGUCCUUGAGACAACUACUGAGCUAUUUCAUACCAAUGAAGAAAGUGUAUUUUGGGGUGAACUUGAGAUUCUUCGAGCUGAGUCAGCAGCUACAAAAGAAGAGCUUGCAAGUUACAAAGAAAAAGCAGAAAAGUUUCAAGAAGAGCUUUCGGUAAAAGAAACACAUGUGAACUUUCUUCAGAAUGACUUAAGUCAAGUUAAGAAGGAACUCGCAGAGGCAAAAGAGAAAUUAUCCCAGCUCUUACAAAAAGAUGAGACAAAGGAAAAGGAAAACAGAAAAGUCUGCAGCAUUGAACCACUUCCAGUUAAAGUGGGUAAAAGCUCUGCAUCCCAGACGGAUGAGCCACUCAAAGUCAAUAGCAGUGAUCAGACCUCACGAAUUCAUGUUAGAAAUGCGGGAAUCCAAAUCAGCUUACAGAGUGAAUGUUCAUCAGAAGAAGUCGCUGAAAUAAUCAGUCAGUUUACUGAAAAAAUUGAGCAGAUGCAAGAACUCCAUGCUGCUGAAAUACUGGACAUGGAAUCCAGACAUAUAUCUGAAACAGACACCUUAAAAAGGGAACAUUAUAUUGCUGUUCAGUUACUGACAGAGGAAUGCAGUACCUUGAAGGCAGUGAUACAGUGUAUCCGAACUAAAGAGGGAUCCUCCAUUCCUGAAUUAACACAUUCUGACUCUUACCAAAAUAGAGAAAUAUGUUCCAGUGAUUCUGGAUCAGACUGGGGUCAAGGAAUUUAUCUUACACAAAGUCAGGGAUUUGAUGUAGCAUCAGAAGGCCAAGGAGAAGAAGCUGAAAGCUCAACUGAUUCUUUUCCAAAGAAAAUAAAGGGUUUACUGCGAGCUGUUCAUAACGAAGGUAUGCAGGUGCUCUCUCUGACGGAGUCCCCCUAUAGUGAUGGAGAAGACCAUUGUCUUCAGCAAAUCUCAGAGUCUUGGCUGGAAGAGAGGAGAGCUUACCUCAGUACAAUUUCAUCUCUUAAGGAUUUGAUUACUAAAAUGCAGGUGCAAAGAGAAUCUGAGGCUUAUGAUAAUUCUCAGUCUCAUGAACAUUUCUCAGACUGGCGAGGUGAACUUCUUAUUGCCCUUCAGCAAGUUUUCCUAAAGGAGCGCAGUGUAUUAGCAGCUGCAUUUCAGACUGAACUGACGGUUCUGGGUACUAGAGAUGCAGCUGGUUUAUUAAACUGUUUGGAACAGAGAUUACAAGAACAGGGUCUUGAAUAUAGAGCAGCUAUGGAGUGCCUCCAGAAUGCAGAUAGAAGGAGUCUGUUAUCUGAAAUUCAAGCACUGCGUGCUCAGAGGGGUGACAGGACAGUGACUCUGAAGAGAGAACAAGAAAGUGAUCCAUCAAGCCAAGAACUUCUGGAAUACAAUAUGCAACAGAAGCAGUCUCAGAUGCUGGAAAUGCAAGUGGAACUCAGCAGUGUGAAAGACAGAGCAACAGAACUGCAGGAGCAACUGAGUUCUGAGAAGAUGGUGGUGGCUGAACUAAAGAGUGAACUUGCACAGACUAAACUGGAACUUGAAACAACACUCAAGGCACAACAUAAACACCUGAAGGAAUUAGAGGCAUUCCGGUUGGAAGUUAAAGAAAAAACCGAUGAAGUGCAUUUGCUUAAUGAUACAUUAGCAGGUGAACAGAAGAAAUCAAGAGAGCUCCAGUGGGCUCUGGAGAAAGAGAAAGCCAAACUGGGCCGCAGUGAAGAACGGGAUAAAGAAGAACUCGAGGAUCUAAAAUUCUCACUUGAGGGUCAGAAACAGAAGAAUAUUCAGCUAAAUCUACUUUUGGAACAACAGAAACAACUGCUAAAUGAGUCACAGCAGAAAAUGGAGUCUCAGAAAGUGUUGUAUGACUCCCAGUUAUCAGAAGAACAGAAUCGAAACUUACAGCUUCAGGUACUUCUUGAGUCUGAGAAAGUUCUAACUGGAGAAAUGAGAAGUACCUUGGAUAGAGAACGAGAAUUGCAUGCACAGCUCCAGAACAAUGAUGAAAGCGGGCAGCCUCGGCCAGCCAUGCCCUCUGAGGACCUCCUUAAAGACCUACAGAAACAGCUAGAGGAAAAACACAGUCGCAUAGUGGAGUUGUUAAAUGAAACUGAGAAAUACAGGCUGGAUUCUUUGCAAACACGGCAGCAGAUGGAAAAGGACAGGCAAGUCCAUAGAAAGACUUUACAGACGGAACAAGAGGCCAACACUGAGGGACAGAAAAAAAUGCGUGAGCUCCAGUCCAAAGUGGAAGAUCUUCAGCGGCAGCUGGAGGAGAAAAGGCAACAAGUUUAUAAGUUAGACCUUGAAGGAAAGAGACUGCAAGGAAUUAUGCAGGAAUUCCAGAAGCAAGAGCUAGAACGAGAAGAAAAACGGGAAAGUAGGAGAAUUUUAUAUCAGAAUCUUAAUGAGCCAGCUACAUGGAGUUUAACCAGUGAUCGAACUAGAAAUUGGGUUCUUCAGCAGAAAAUAGAAGGAGAGACGACGGAAUCACCCUAUCCAAAACUGAUUGAAAUGGAUGGAGGAGGACUUGGCUGCAAUCGUGAACUAGAAAUGAUACAACAGAAGCUUCAGUGUACAUCUUCAAAGCUACAGCGUCUAGCUCAGAAAGCUGCUAAUAGACUACAGUUUGAAACACCAGAUGAUGAAGAUUUCAUGUGGAUUCAGGGAACUGUUGAGGGAAUUAUUCUACAACUGCAAAAACUAAUCGACCAACUAGUUGAAGAGCCUAGCUUAGUCUCCCCAAAUACCACCUGUGGCUCCUUGACUGAAAGACUACUGAGACAAAAUGCUCAGCUGACAGGACAUAUCAGCCAGCUGACUGAAGAAAAGAAUGAUUUAAGGAACAUGAUUAUGAAGCUAGAAGAGCAGAUCAAGUGGUAUCGGCAGACAGGAGCUGGUAGAGACUGUGCUUCUGGGUUCCCACUUGGUGUUGGUGCCAACAUUGAUACCAUUAUUGCUUCUGAAAAAGAAAUCUGGAACAGAGAAAAGAUGGCUCUUCAGAAAUCCUUAAAAAGAGCAGACGCUGAAAUCUACAAACUGAAAGCUGAACUGAGAAAUGAAGCUUUACUUCAGAAUCUGAGCCCUGAGUCGGAGCAUGCCACUUUAAAGAGAAUUUAUGGUAAAUACCUGAGGGCAGAAAGUUUCCGGAAAGCUCUGAUUUAUCAGAAGAAAUACCUGUUGCUGUUACUGGGUGGGUUCCAAGAAUGUGAAGAUGCCACCCUGGCGCUCCUUGCCCGGAUGGGAGGGCAGCCAGCCUUCACGGAGCUGGAGGUGAUUACCAACCGUCCAAAGGGCUUUACCAGGUUCCGGUCUGCUGUCCGAGUGUCCAUUGCUAUUUCCAGAAUGAAAUUUUUGGUUCGACGAUGGCAUCGAGUCACAGGAUCUGGUACUGUGAAUAUUAACAGGGAUGGCUUUGGACUAAAUCCAGGUGCUGAAAAGACGGAUCCCUUUUAUCAUUCUUCCGGUGGGCUGGAGCUCUAUGGAGAACCAAGACACACUACAUACCGUACCAGAUCUGAUCUGGACUAUCCUCGGUCUCCUUUACCAUUUCAAAAUAGGUACCCGGGCCUCCCAGCAGAUUUGAACCCUGGUUCCCUAGCAUGUUCUCAGCUUCAGAAUUAUGAUCCUGACAGAGCGCUGACAGAUUAUAUCACACGGCUUGAGGCACUGCAGAGGCGACUGGGGACCACACAGUCAGGUUCAACUACUCAGUUUCAUGCUGGCAUGAGAAGAUAAUCCUUUGAAAACAUCACCAAUUGAGAUUUUAAACAAAAACAUCAAUCUAAGAGAUUUUAAACGAACUUCCUUUUGUAAAUCACUGGUUCUUUUGUGCUUUUGUAUUGUGAAUAUUCAUUGGGACCAAUAGGAACACAGCUUAUGAUUGUACGCAAAUCCCUUGCCAGCACAGGAAAACUGGAAUUUGUAUAUAUAAAGCAUUGUGUGUGUAUUCAUGCACAAUAAUCAUUAAAUUACCUGUAUAUUUGUGGAAUGCUAAUUUAAACGAUUAAGUUAUAAAACGUGUAUUUAUCAGAUGGGUGAAAAGAUUAAACUUUUGCGCAUUA